AUGUAUGCUUUUAUGAAUAUAUAUCUUGUAUACAUUUAUAGGUCUGCUGUUUAGUGUGUCGAUUAUAUUCCAAAACUUAUGACCCUUUUUUGGAUAUUUCAUUGGAUAUUCCUGAUUACACUGAAUCUGACAAACAAUUAGCAAUGCGUCCAAUGGAUACAUUAACUGAUUGUUUAUCUCGAUUCAUUGAAAUUGAAGAACUCGCUGAAAAUAACUUUUAUUAUUGUAAUGGUUGUAAAAGUAAACAAAAAUCAACCAAAAAAUUCUGGAUAAGCCAACUACCCAAUGUUCUUUGUUUACAUUUAAAAAGAUUUAGAUGGGUCAAAGCACAACGUAUUAAAAUUCAUACUCCUAUACAGUUUCCAAUUGAAUCCUUAGACAUGUCUCAGUUUUUAUUAAGUGACAAACGAGUAACUAUUGACAAAGAAGACUGUUUGUAUGAUUUGUCAGCUGUCAUUGUUCACGAAGGCAAUGGUGGUGGAUCUGGCCAUUAUACCUCUUUUGCAAUUGAUAAAGGCGAGUGGUUUGAAUUUAAUGAUGAAAAAGUUCAUGAGGUUAAUUCGUCAAUUGUACAAAAUGUAGAGGCGUACAUACUAUUUUAUAUUAAAAGGAAAACUAGAUUAAGAUCUCAAAGUCUUUUGGGUGGUAGACACAUCAUUAACAAUGAACUAUAAUUGGUAGAUAUAAUGAAAAAUUAUUAGUUAAAUGUAAUUUUUGUAUUACAUUUUGAUCUUCAAGAUACAAAUAAAAAAUAUAAAACAAUAAAAUUGCCUUAAACUAACAGUAUUCUUAUUAUUGUAAGUGUGUUUCAAGCUUUAAAUUAUUGUUGUAGAUUAUAUUUCAUAAUCAAUCAAUUGUGUAAAUAAAUUCGUAUUUUUAUAUUGUAAAAUUAUAACAUGUAAAUACACAUAAUAUAUAAGUGGGAAAUGCAAUAUUUGUAUUUGAAAACCUAAA